AUGAAUUUACAGGAUCUCUUAGCUAGAGUACCUCUAUUGCUCUCAUAUCCGGCCAUUGUCGUCGCCAGCAAUCUUAUAAUACCAACAUAUGAAGAUAUUAGAGCUAGUGGCGAUACCAAUAUAAUAUUAAUCGAUCGAUUCAUAAGGCUGGUAUUACUGCCCAUAUUUUCUGCCGCCUGUACCGUAACGAUAGGUUUCAUAUUGGGCAUUAUCCCUAAUGUUUUCAAUGAAAAGAAAAACGACAAGACUACAUUCAUCAAAAAUUCAAUACCCAUAUUUCUUAUGGUCACCUUAACAUGCCAGUUAACUUUCAUUCUAGGCACUACACAAACGACAUGCCUCUUUCUAUUGACUGUAAAACAAGGUUUAUUGUCUGUGGAAAAUAAACAAAAACUUCCCAUCAUUCAUUUACUCAAAAUAUACGGUCCUCUUGCAAUAAUUUCGAUUUCUAUUGCUUCUCCUUUUAAAGUUAGUUCCAUUCUACCAAUACUAAUAGCAUAUGUGUCCGUGGCAAGCUCAAUUCAUUAUUUGAAGCCUUUGAUGAAAACAGUAUCUACUAAAUUAGACAACAUACUGCUGUCUGCAACUGACAAUACAUCCUCUGAAAAAGUGGAAGAUACAAAUUCCAAAAAUAAAGUUUUCGUAUUCUCACUCAUCAUAAUCGGAAUGCUAUGUUUACUUUCCCUCUCCAUAGUAUCUGUUAUUCUACCAAUGUAUCAUCUACAGUACUCCAUGAUUUUCGUAUUCGUUGGUUGUUUGGCGUUCCUUUAUUUAUCUCUACAAGAUAUAUCUACAGCUGAAGAAAAUAACGGCAGCAAUGAGUCAAUUUGGUUUACCAAAUACAAUAUUUUAUCUACAGGCGUGAUGUCCCUCAUCUUACAGUAUCUUUCGUUUAAUUCCAUCGCUGCAUCCAUACUGAAGGAUAUACUAACAAUAUCCUUCGUAUUCGUUGCAGAAUUGAGCUCUAAUAUAGGUAUGGACGUACUAGAACAUAGGACUAAUACGCAUCACCACACUCAUGACCAUAGAGCCUCCACUGACGGAAAAGACUCGAAUACCUAUUCAAACUCAAACAUCUUUAAGCAAAUGGCAACAAGCAAAGAUACAAGAUCGAUAUUUUCUUUCCUCUUACUCAACACCACAUUUAUGUUUGUACAAUUGCUUUACUCUUUCAGGUCAAAAUCAUUGGGUUUACUAUCUGAUUCACUACACAUGGCUUUGGACUGUACUUCAUUAUUAUUAGGGUUGAUCGCAAGUAUCCUAUCCAAAAAACCUCCAAGUGAGAAGUAUCCAUUCUCUCUAAGUAACUACCUAGAAACUUUAUCCGGGUUCACAAAUGGUGUAUUAUUAUUAGGUAUUGUGGGUGGAAUAUACGUGGAAGCCAUUGGAAGAAUAUUUAACCCCAUUCAUUUGAAGGGUACAAAUGAACUACUAGUCGUGGCAAUGAUAGGUUUACUGGUAAACCUAUUUGGAUUAUUUGCAUUCGAACAUGGUCAUUCUCAUGCUCAUGGGAACGAAAACAUGAGAGGGAUCUUUUUACAUGUCUUAGCAGACACGCUUGGAUCCGUUGGUGUCGUGAUAUCUACAUUAUUAAUCAAAUUAACGCAUUGGCAUAUAUUUGACCCAGUUGCAUCCAUAUUCAUUGCCACUUUGAUUCUCUUGAGUGCCAUCCCAUUGAUUAAAUCCACGGCAUCGAAUAUGCUACUGAAAUUGGAUGAAAAGAGCCAUAAUUCAGUAAAGAGUGCAUUGAAUCAAAUUUCUUCCACGCCUGGUAUUACAGGUUAUACCACUCCAAGGUUUUGGUCUUCUUGUAUGAAUGCACAAACGCAUUCACAUGCACAUUCCCACAACCACUCGAAUGAGCAACACGAACACGGACACGAACAUAGCCAUGCGGAACAUAAUGAGAAAGAAACUGUCAAGCAAAGUCCAUCGCUGAUAGGAUACGUACAUGUACAGUAUAUGGAUGGUGAGAAUUCCACCAUUAUCAAGAAGCGUGUGGAGAAGAUAUUUGAAAAUGAGGGCAUUAAGGCCUGGAUUCAAGUGGAAUCAAAGGGAUCGACUUGUUGGUGUCGUGGCUCAUCUUCAUCUACCACCCAGAAUAUCGUACCGCAGGUUAUAAUGCCUGUCAAGCAAUGA